UUCUAAGUUAUUUAUUUGCCUCUUUUUUGCAGAAGUCCUCAGGUUCAAGACUUCAACAACAUGUACUUGUCAUGGUCACAGUUUUGUAAGGAGCCACUAACUGAGCGCAACUUUACCUUCUGGGAAUGGUUCUUUGCUGUUAUGAAGGUUACAAGAGAACAUCUGCGUCAGCCUUGGAAUGAUGGUUCUAUAAUGGGCUUUGUUGGCCGACGUCAAGCAGAAGAAAUGCUAAAAAAUUCUAAAUCUGGCACUUUCCUUCUUCGCUUUUCUGACUCUGAACUAGGUGGUGUCACUAUUGCUUGGAUGUAUGAAGAUACCACGAAAGCUGGUGAUCAACGUGAUGUCUUCAUGCUGCAGCCGUUCACCAGUAAAGCCUUCGCUAUCCGUCCUCUUGCUGAUGUGAUUGCUGAUCUCAAGUACCUGCUCUUCCUUUAUCCAAAUAUACCCAAGGAACAAGCAUUUGGCAAGUACUACACACCUAUAGGAGAACAACAACCAUCAAUUAAUGGCUAUGUGAAGCCUCACUUAAUCACUCAUGUCCCGGGAUGGCCUGGUGCAAGAUCAAUGGAUUCCUAUCCAAACACACCACAACCCAUGUACCCAAUGCAUGAUGGUGGCAUGGGUGAUCCUCCGUCCGUCAGCUCCAACCCCUCCGACUGUGUGUCCACCGACCAAAAGCCUUCGUUGGAUUCUCCUUUAUUUGAUGCUGCCAAUGUCCUCUCAGAGUUCCCAAUGCCCUACAACGACACUGAUUAUCCUGACAUCUUGGAUAACCUGCCAGACACAGACUUCACUGAUAUCAACCUCGACUUCCUGCAAACCAACUUCAUGAAGCCUCAGUGAAAGUGUUAAAUAUAGCAAAUUUUGGCUUAAGCCAUCAGUAUAAUUGGGCACCUAUGAAAUAUUCAUAUGACCAGUUCAUUUUUACAUAAAAAAAUUGCUGUUAGUGUGUAAUUUUUAUUUGUAUUGAGUGAUAUAGAUGAAAUACUGCACACACAGUCAGUAUAAUUAUCAUAUUAAUUGAUUUAUUCAAGAAAGUUUUUAACCUAUUUAUUUAUUAAAAUAUGAAAAAAGUAUUGAAACAAAUACCGAAGAUGAUUUUUACUGUUACGAUGGUACUGGUAUAAUUAUAAAGGUGUUUUAGGGCUACAGUUAAUAGUUUUUUGAUCUUUAAGAGUGGAAAAUAGAUGUUUUAUGUUAAUAAGGUUUUGUUUUGUAUGUUUGUGUGUGAGAGCGCAUGUACACGUGCACGCAUACGCACGCGUGCAUGCACUCGCGCACACAAACAUACACACGAACACAAACACACACACACACACACACACACACGCGCACACACACACACACACACACACACACACACACACACACACACACACACACACACACACACACACACACACACACAAACACACAAAACACACACACAAAAACACACACAUAAACACACACACACCCACACACACACACACACACACACACACACACAGUUGACCCUUGAACAACACAGGAAAAAAUUCUGGAGAUUUACAAUCACAGAGUUAAGAAAAAGUUAGGUAUGUCAUGAAUGCAUAAAAUAUAUGUAGAUGCUAGUCUAUUUUAUCAUUUACUUCCAUAAAAUGUAUGCAGAUCUAUUAUAAAAAGUUAAAAUUUCUCAAAACCAAUACACAUAAACAAUUACAGAGUGUGUGUAUUCUAUUUUCAGUAGAUAGACAUGUAAACAAACAUAAAGAUGCAAUAUUGAAUCAUAAAUAAAUCUGAAUUUCUUUUU